CAAACUCCAUCUAAGUUUUUCACAGGGAAAGGAAGAAUUAGUUUCUGCCUUCGACUCAAAACCUCCCUCGAGAUGCUGAUCUCCUGAUAGACAGCGCGAGCGCCCGGACGCGACGCUUCACCUGUAAUGUUUGGCGAUACGAGCAGUGCGACACUUUGAUCUCGAAACUUGUAGUCACACUUAUCUACAUCAUGCAGAAUGGACGAGAACACAGCCAUCGAGUUUAAAACCACUGGAUCAGCGCUGUUAAAUCCGCUGAGUGAUCUGGUGGGAGUUCCUCUGGAUCAGGUGAAUUUCAUUGUGUGUCAGGUGUUUGGACUAGCAGCUGCAGUCUGGUUUCGUCUGUAUCUCACUCCUCAGUUCACCACACCUGAGGUCAGACAUGCCGUCGCUGCUCUCCUCGGAGCUUCAUUCAUCACGUUCUGCUUUGGCUGGUAUGCCGUGCACGUCUUCAUUUUGGUGUUGGCCUGCUAUGGGAUUAUACUCAAAGCCAGUAUCCAUAAUGUUCACAGAUACACAAUGGUUGUAUCGAUUGGAUACCUCACAAUUUGCCAAGUGAGCAGAGUCAUCAUAUUCAACUAUGGAAUACUGUCCACAGACUUCUCAGGGCCUUUAAUGAUCAUUACACAAAAGAUCACCUUACUGGCUUUUCAGGUGCAUGAUGGGAUGUGUCAAAAGCAGGAGAAACUUACAGAAGAUCAAAGGCGGCUGGCAGUACACUCGAAGCCAUCGCUGUUGAAGUACCUCAGCUACAAUAUAAAUUUCCUGAGCAUCCUGGUUGGGCCUUGCAGUAACUAUAAGGACUACCUGGAGUUUAUAGAGGGCCAUCAUAUUCAGAGCACACUGAGAAGUGUUAAAGACGCCAGCUCGCAGCAGAAUGGCUGGGACAAAAUGCCUGAACCGUCGCCUGUGAAGACUGUGAUUAAUAAGCUUCUGGUGUGCGUUGGCUGUCUGCUGUGGUUCUUCAUCAUCACCAAAGCAUUCCCCAUAGCCUACAACGUGGACCCGCAAUUCAUCAGCGAGGCCUCUUUCAUUACCAGACUGGGCUACGCCUUCAUUUCCAUCCAGGCAGCCAGACCCAAGUUCUACUUUGCGUGGACCCUCGCGGAAGCCAUUCAUAAUGCAGCGGGGUAUGGAAUCAGCGGCAUGGAUGAGAAUGGAAAAGUGUCUUGGGACCUCCUCUCCAACGUUUACAUUUGGAAGAUAGAGACUGCGACAAGUUUAAAAUCAUUUAUUGACAGCUGGAAUAUACAGACUGCUUUGUGGCUGAAAAGGGUGUGUUACGAUCGAGCUCCAUAUUACGCCGUGCCCCUCACAUUUGUGCUGUCGGCCAUCUGGCACGGAGUUUACCCAGGAUACUACUUUACUUUCAUCUCAGCUGUACCCAUCACCUUUGCAGCUCGCGCUGUGCGCAGAAACUUCCGCCAGUAUUUCUUGUCCUCCCGGCAGCUCAAGUUGUGUUACGAUGUGGUGACCUGGGCUGCCACUCAGCUGACUAUCUGCUACAUUGUUAUGCCUUUCCUUCUGCUGGCAGUGGAGCCCACAGUGAUGUAUUACAGGUCGAUGUACUUUCAUGUGCAUAUCAUCAGCAUUCUGGCCAUGAUCCUCUUGCCCAGCAAACCCUGGGACUCCAAGACUCAAAGCCAUGCACAGCAGUCACACAAUAACCUGAAGGUGGACUGAAUGCCUCGAAUGUGUGUGCGUGGAUGGAGAGAGCAGAAGCAUGGGCAGACAAAGGCCACUUUGUGUGAUGCACAUAUAAAGAGCUGAGCCUUGGCUCACUAGCAGAGCAGCACUGCGUGCACAUACACACAAACACACACAUAGGGUAACAUGCCAUUCAAACAGACACAUAAUUGCUGGAGCAACGGUUCACAGGCACAGAUCAGGUUCUGAACAGGUUGGGUUUCAGUGAGGCCGUACUGUUCCUUCCAUCACACGGUGCGAAUGGAAGCCAGUAUGUGUCACCGUUACUUAGUAAAUGAAUGCGGCCCUUGAUUCAGGGUCUCACAGUGCUAGAGCCGUGAAAGUGUCCCUAAUUAUAAUCCCACCUAAUUUAUUCCGGGUAUAACUGUGUGAAGACUUUAUACAGACAAUGAAGAAUAUUUUGAUAUGUUUGUUGUUUCAUUUUUAAUAUCUCAGUUUUGUAUUGUUGAGAUGUGCAUCUUGAGGAUGUGAAAUGACAAUGCGGUACUGAAAUGCUAUGAAUGCAAAUAUUGCAAAUGUCAACUGAAUGACUAAUCAAACAUGUAGGCUUCAGUUAUUAGUAUUACAAGUGUUUGAAUGUGAUGCCUAAAUAAAUUCAUUUUUUGAAUGAA